UGCAAUUUUAGCUAGUUGAAUCCUCUCUCUCUCUCUAUUUUGUCUAAAUUAUUAAAUUACCUCUCUCUCUCUCCUUGGUUAUCUUUUUUCUUUGUCUCUUUUUUUCUUAGACUUCACUUUUCCCUUUCAUCUGGGGUUAUCCUGUUUUUGAAGGGCUAAAAACGACAACUCUCUCUUCUUCUCGUUCUUGAAUUCUGGGUUUUCGGCGUUGUGUGAUGUACGGGGAAGUAUCUAGUGGGUAUUAGUUAUAUUGGCGUGUUUUUGGAAGUUGGGUUUUGAUGAGAAAGAAGAUUUAUGUGCACAGAUUCUGUGUCUUGUUCAUCAUCCUCAUCAUCUACAAGUAUUCUCUUGGGUUGUUGCUUUGGCAACUUGAAUUUCGCUUGUAACUGGGCUCGCUUUGGCUGCUGGUCUGUUUCUUCUGGAGCUGAUUGUGUGGUGGCUUCAAGUGACAUUUUUAUAUUGGUUUCCACAACAAGUAUGAGAAAAAAGCUUUGUGAUUUAAGAAUUGGGUUUUGGCGAGAUUGGAGGUUCAAGUGCUAACUCUUUGUCAAGAGAGGGAAGAGGGUUUUGCGUUUUAUUGCUCCCUUAUCAGCAGUGAAGGGAGCUUCUUAUUAUUGUUGGUGUUUCCACAUUACUGGACCCUUCUUUCUUCCCUUUGAAUGGGGACUGAUGUUGCUGAUGUAGUGGAGACACUGCCAUAUCUUUAUCACUUCAAGGCGCAUCGUUCAAUGUGCACAGAAUUAAUGAAAUUAGUUGAUAGAAUUGGACAUGUAUUUCCAGAAAUAGAAGCAGCUCGGCCGCGAUGCUCAUCUGGAAUACAGGCACUAUGCUUGUUAAAUGGCACAGUUGAGAAAGCAAAGCAAAUUCUUCGGUACUGCUGUGAGUGUAGUAAAUUAUAUUUGGUAAUAACUGGGGAUGUAAUAGUCUCAAGAUGUCAAAGAUCAAGGAACAAUUUUGAACAGAGUUUAGGCCAAAUUCAAACUAUGGUUCCAACUAUGUUGGCUGCUGAGAUCUCUCAAAUUAUUGAUGAUCUAAAUGCAGCAACAUUUAUGCUAGACUCUUCUGAUGAGGAGGCUGGUAAGGCUGUGCGAGAACUGAUUCAACAGGGCAGUAAUGUAUCUGAUUCAGCAGAAUAUUCUGAAAUGAAAGCUCUUCAACUUGCUGCUUUUAAGCUUCAUAUUACAUCCCCAAAAGCCUUAUUAAUAGAGAAAAGAUCAAUUAAGAAGCAGUUAGAUAAAGUUGGUGAUAGUGACCCUGCCAAAAAGAAGAUAUUAAAAUAUCUUUUGUAUCUGCUGAAGAAGUAUGGAAACUUGAUUAUGGAAGAGCAAACAGAGACUCCCAAAUCUGAGCGUGUAGGAUCAGUUGCACCCGCAAAUCCUAGCAAUACUUCUGUAUGUAGCCAAUCUGUUGAUGUAGAGUCUGAUAUGGGAAUUCCACAGAAUGAAGCGCAAGCUGAUAUUCUAGAUAGAGGUACACCCCCUGAGGAGUUUAAGUGCCCUAUAUCCAAGAGAUUUAUGUAUGAUCCUGUUGUCAUUGCUUCUGGACAAACAUUUGAAAGGAUGUGGAUACAAAAGUGGUUUGAUGAUGGUAAUGAUACAUGUCCAAAAACAAAAGUAAAACUGCCACAUUGUUCAAUGGUUCCAAACACAGCCAUGAAAGAUCUGAUAUCUAAGUGGUGUGAAAAAUAUGGAAUCACCAUUCCUGAUCCAAGUAUGAAAGCAGUUCACUCAUGGGACAUAUCUUCUACAUCCAUUGCUAGCUUAGGCAGCUCUAUGAAUGAUCUACACCUUCCACUGGAUAUCAGCAAUAUAUCACUUGGGUCAUUAGAUGCUAGUUACAGUUCAGACUCUUCGCGCACUAGGUUUUCAGAUGGAUCCAAUGCAAUAUUAGCAUCAAAAAAUGAUGACUGCCAUAGAUUCCAGUCUUAUCCAUCCAUACGGGAGACAGAUUCAGAGUUUUUGACUAGAGUUUCUGAGCUUAAUUGGGAUGCUCAAUGCAAAAUGAUUGAAGAUGUCAAAAGCCAUUUGCAAAAUAAUCUUCAAUCUUGUCAUUCUGUGUCAUCUGAUAAUUUUGUUGAUCCUCUCAUUAGAUUUUUGAAGGAUGCAUGUAAUCGACAUGAUGCAAGAGCUCAGAAAGCUGGAUCUCAAUUAUUACUUGUGUUUGUGAGCAAAAGCAGAAGUGGAUUGUCAUACUUACAUGAAGAUGCAUUUAGUCUACUGGUAUCUUUCCUUGACUCCGAGGUAACUGAAGAGACUCUUGCAAUACUGGAAGUGUUGUCUGGCCAUCCAUAUUGCAGAACUAAAAUCACAGCCUCUGGUGCUCUUGUUCCUAUACUAAAGAUUCUUGACUCACAGUGCAAAGAACACCAGGAAAAAGCCAUUAAAAUCCUGCAGAAUCUGUCCUCAAACGGUGAUAUAUGUUCCCAAAUUGUAUAUUUGGAGUGCAUCCCAAAAUUAGUUCCUUUCAUAAAUGAGGGUAGGAUUGCAACACAUUGUAUGGUUCUAUUGAAAAAUUUAUGUGAUAUGGAAGAGGCUAGGGUUGCUAUUGCUGAAACAAAUGGAUGCAUUUCUUCCAUUGCUGAACUACUUGAGAGUGGCAGUCGUGAGGAACAGGAGUAUGCAGUCGCUGUUCUGCUUUCAUUAUGCUCCCAGCGUGUCCAAUAUUGUCAGUUGGUCAUGGAUGAAGGAGUUAUUCCAUCUCUUGUUGAUAUAUCUAUUAAUGGAAAUGAUAAAGCAAAAGUGACUGCUUUAGAGUUGCUUCGGCAAUUAAGAGAUGUUGAAUAUGGCAAGGGACAAGAAUGCUUUCAAUCUGAUGUUGAUGUCAGUAGAGACGGAAGCCAGCACACUAAAGAAAAGAAACCGUCCAAGACUUCUGGAUUUUUCAGGAGUUUUUUCCCAAAACCUAGUUCUCUUGCACCAAAGAAGAAGAGAUAACACUUAAAUCUGCCUUUUAUGUGCUGGCUUUGUGUUGGCUCAAAAUCUCUUUACCAUGAACAAAAAAAUUGAAUCAGCCUGCUGGAGUAUCUAGUUCUCCAUUGUUGUUGGUUUUCACUUUUUACCUGGAAUGGAGCAGCAGUAUCAUAAUAUUAUAGGUGAACAUAGAUUAGUUGGUAAGUGAUCUCUUUUUCUCUUUUUUUUUUUUUUU